AUGUAUUUAUCUACUAAUGCGUCAGUAGUAUAUGUUACAGUCACUUGGACGCCUCAAGUUAAUCAAAUUGGAUCGCAAAAAUUCUGUGCUAUUGCUUAUACUAGUGAACAGGUACAAUCGAAACAGUAUUGUAUGACAUUUAUUGUGGUGAAUUCAACUUCACUUUGCACAACAACUACAACAUCAACAACAACAACAACAGCAACAUUGACAAUUACUUCCACUGGUUCAAUAUCGACUGCGGUGAAACUUCGGCAACGAUUCUGGGGUGAAAAGAAUGCCCGUUGUGACUUAUGCCAAAGAAGACGUAUCCAUUAUUCAGGCAUGAACAACAGUCAAAUGUCUGAUGAAGGUUCAAACCAAUAUCGGCGACAGUAUGUUACCGACAAACCAUUGACUUCAACAGAAAGCUGGUUUCGUGAAAAUUCGUCUGUUUCUGACCUAUCGGAAUCUUUCGAUCGAUCUUCAAUGACAACAACGCGAACCACACUCAUGUCAAGGUGUUCAAUAACUGUCAUUCCAAGCGAGGAUAUUCCUCUGAAAACGAAGCCCUAUGUACCACCACCAUAUCCAAAUCCUGGUGGAUCCAUUCUUGUGCGUGCUUAUGCCAAGCAGCAGUUGCCCAAUUAA